AUGGCGGGUGCUGGUGGCUUAGCUCUUGGAGCUGGGGCGGUCUUCGCGGCCGAACACGCAGGCCACUUGGGGGCUAGGCCUAGGCAUGACUGGUUAAGGAGUCUACGACUUGAAGAAGUCGAAAGAAAGCGAAGGCACGAAGGAUGCGACAUUGCUCAGUUUGCAGAGGGUGCCUUCGAUGAUGUCGGGCGCUUCGCGGGAGACGCCGCGCAUGGCGUUGAAGAGUUCGUGGAGGAUAUCUUUUGA